AUGCGAUUAAAUUAUGGCGAUUAUGGCUGGUGCUCUUGGAUUAGCUUGGAGGGUGAUAUAACCACACUCGAGGUGGACGGCAUCACAAACAUAAUCGAGGAGACACAAAACGAGACUAAUCCAAUUGCCGAACGCAUUUAUGCAGCUGCCGGUAAUCAAUUAAAAGAAGAAUUAAGCAAUAAUUUAAAAGAGUGCCGAACUGGUGAGGUGUGCGUCACUCGUGGCUACAAUUUGUCAGCCAAGUGUGUGCUACACACCGUCGGACCAGCUGUUAAGGAGACAUUCAAAAGUGCUGCUGAAAGUACACUGCAUUACUCUUACAGAAAUGCUUUGUACAAAGCUAAAGAACUAAAUCUACGUACAAUCGCUAUCAGCAACUUAAGUGCCAAUCAGAGUAGUUUCCCAGCCGACUUAGCUGGCCACAUAGCGCUGCGUACAAUUCGACGCUUCUUAGAUAAAUAUCUAACGCAAAUUGUGAUAUUGUGUGUAAGUGCACACGAACGUGGCAUUUAUGAGGUGCUAGCGCCGCUCUAUUUUCCACGCGAUCACCUCGAAGAGCGUAGUGCCCUUUGGCAACUGCCCAAGGAUAUUGGCGGUGAAUUUGGCGAACCCCAACAUCCUGAUCGACAAAUACGUAUCAUACGUAAUCCACAGCACAGCGUACUAAUGAGACACGUCGACUCGGAUCUGUACUCCAAGGGCAUUCAGAUUCAAAUUGCAUCGCUGGCAUCACUGAGUUACGUCGAAACCCCGCUCUGCUGGGUUCCUGGACAUAACAAUAUCAAUUCGAACGAAAUAGCCGAAAUACAGAUUAGGGAAGUGGACAACUCCCUACUACCGCCGAUUUCUUUUCUACUCCAAGGGAUCGAAGAAUACACCGAAGCCGUUACUAAUGGCCUAUGCAAAUAA